AAAAUGUAAUCUUACGAAAAAAUUAAAUAUUCACCACAAAUGUGUACUGGUGUAAACUGUUUUUUUUCUUCGUUUUUUUUAACGUCGCGCGUGUGAUGUAGGUUGAAGAGCUCCAAGUAGAUAAUACACUUUAAUAUACUUUUGAAUACUGUAGGUGUAUUUUUAAACAAUGCACUCCGGCCAUAAAUACUGAAGUUGCCACGUUUAACUGUUGCACGCCCUCCCUAAAACAUCGCAUAUCCGCCCCUGCAAGACUAGCUGCAAGAGUAAAGAAGUUAUUUAGCUACUGUACAGUGAAGGUGAUAAGCCAGCAACACGUUGAAAGUUCAUUUUGUUUAACGAUACCACUAGAGCAAGCUGAUUUAUUAAUCAUAGAGAUGAAACCCACUGCAUUUUUCCAUUAGUGCUAAAGGAUAUUUUACAUGCACCAUCCCAUAGACAGGACGGCACAUACCACGGCCUUUGAUAUACCAGUCGUGGCGCACUGGCUGGUACGAGAGAUAAGAAAUAGCCAAGUGAGCCCAACAAAAGGGAUCGACCCUGAACCUACCGCUCAUCAGACGAGCGCUUUACCCCUAGGCUACAUUCCGUCCCAAGCCAGUAACAAAGACUUAACAACAGCAUAGUGACGGCCAUUCGGCUACUUCUCGUCUCAACCAGUGCAUCACGCCUGGGAUAUUAAUGGCCGCGGUAUGUGCUAUCCUUUAUAUGAGAUGGUGCAUGUAACAGAUUCCUUGCUACUAAUGAAAACAUGCAGCGGGUUUCCUAUCUGAAGAUAUAUAAAUUACCGAAUGUUUGACAUCCAAUAGCCGAUGACUAAUAACUCAAUGUGCUCUUGUGGUGUUGUUAAAUGGAACAACAUUUAACUUUAUAGGGACGGUGGUAAGUCAGUGACAAAAAUGAAACUUGGACCGUGAUCACUGGUAUUAAGGCAAAAAAAAAAAAAAAAAAAAAAAAAAAAAAAAAAAAAGGUUGGUGAUCGUCCUUUUGAGCACACAAAUCACACAGCCUGGAUGUUGUAGUUCCUUCACUGGCCGCCAGAUGGACCUGGUGAUGGUUUAACCCGUUACGGAGCUUACGAGCUAUAUGACCUUUCUGAGUCUCUAAGAAGGCCUAGUGAUGGAAGAAAACAGUGGAGGGAUAGCUAUUGUAGGUGUUGGAGGUCGAUUCCCUGGUGCAGACAACAUCGAAGAAUUUUGGCGGGUUUUAUCAAAGGGAGAGAAUCACGUCAAUGAAAUACCUCGCAAGAGAUGGAAUCUAGAUGCAUAUUAUGAUGAUGAUGCUGAUGCACCUGGCAAAAUGUAUACCAGGAGAGCUGGACUUCUUGAAAACUUUGAUCAGUUUGACAACAAGUUGUUCGGUAUCAGUGACAAGGAGGCUGAGAGGAUGGACCCACAACAGAAGUUUGUCCUCGAGUGUGUCUUCAUGGCUUUACAAGAUGGCGGAAUUACCAGACAAAAUAUCCAGGGUUCAGACACCGGAGUCUUCAUAGGCAUAAUGAAUGACGACUACAGCAAACUAACUUCCACAACGGAUAUGAAUCACUAUAAUGGAACUGGCGGCGCCACCAGUAUUGCGUCAGCACGUGUUUCUUACAUCUUUGAUCUGCGAGGACCAUGCAUGUCGGUAGAUACAGCCUGUUCGUCAUCUCUGGUAGCAAUACAUCUUGGUAUUCAGGCAUUAAAAUCAGGGGACUGCAACAUGGCCGUGUGUGGAGGAGUGAACGCGUUAUUGACACCCUCGAUCUUCAUACAAAUGAGCAGAGCAAUGAUGCUCUCACGGACUGGACAGUGUCAUGCCUUCUCUGCCAGUGCAGAUGGAUAUGCAAGAGGAGAGGGUUGUGGGAUUGUCCUACUGAAAAGACUCUCUGAUGCCAUUAAGGAUGGUGACAAUAUAUGGGCAACGAUUGUGACAGGUACAAACCAAGAUGGCCGAACAGUUUCUCCCAUGACGGCACCUUCUGGUGAACAACAAGAACAGCUUCUAAAAAGUGUCUAUGAAAAGGCUGGAAUUGAUGCGAGAGAAAUAGACUACAUUGAAGCACACGGAACGGGGACUAUAGCUGGCGAUCCUGUGGAAGUCAACAGCUUAGGAAGGUUUUUCGUGAACCUUCAUACAAAAGUGCAGAAGAAGAGAUACAUUGGAUCCGUGAAAACAAAUAUUGGUCAUCUUGAAUCAGCUGCUGGUGUUGCUGGCCUUAUUAAAGUUUUGCUCAUGAUGAAGAAAAACACAAUUGUUAAAUCAGUUUUAGAAGACGACCAGCAUCCUGAUAUUGACUUUCAAAAAUUCUGGUUUGAGAUUCCAGCUGAUCUCAAGGAUUGGGACAGAAAAACCAAAUUUGCUUGUGUUAAUUCCUUUGCGUUUGGUGGAACUAACUGCCAUGCCAUUCUUUCAUCUUGUGCUGAUAUAACAAUUGACAUUACCGGGGAACAUAUAUCAAAAGUGCCUUUGAUGUUUUGCUUUUCUGGACAAGAUCAGAAUGGUCUUGCGGAAAGUAUUACAGAAUUUCUUACCUUCGUUAAAACACAAACUGAAAUAAAUCUGCAGGCUAUAUCAUAUUCAUCAACAGUGAGACGUGAUCAUUUUCGAGUAAGGAAAGCUGUUACUGCAUAUUCUUUGAAAGAACUAGUUAACAAACUAAAAUCUGAUAAAAUGUUAGGAAUAUCUCACAGACGAAACAGGGUGAUUUUUGUGUUUGGGGGAAUGGGUAUAGCUUGGAUGGGAAUGUGUAAGGAACUUAUAUCUCAAUUUCAGGUGUUCAAAGAAAAAAUUCAAGAGAUUGACAGUUAUUUAAAGGAAUAUGUCUCAUGGUCACUCUAUGAACGACUUCUAGAUGACUACAAUGUAGAAGACACGAUCUUUGGCCCAAUUGCUACGUUUGCAUGUCAGGUUGCACUAGUUGCACUCUGGAAACAUUUGGGAAUCAAACCUGACUGUGUUCUUGGGCAAAGUAUUGGUGAAGUAGCAGCCUCACAUAUCGCUGGAGUUUGGUCACUGAGUGAAGCAGUGAAAAUUAUAUUUCAUCGAACUGUCGUGUUAGCAAAAGCUACUGGUGGGAAAAUGUUGUUGAUACGCAAUAAACCAGUGGAAAAACUUGAAAUGAUGUUAACUAAAUAUGAAGGCAGAGCAAACAUUGGAUUGUACUACAGUCCCAAGUCAUGUGUUAUUAGUGGAGACACUGAUGCUGUUGACCAAAUUGAAAAGAAUCUUCUGACAUCUCCAACAGAAGAGAAUCAUGGAAUUACUCUUCAGACACUUCGAUUACAGACUGCAUUUCACAGCCACCAUACAGACAAUGCAAAACAAGAGAUUGAAAGAAAGCUUGUGGGCAUGCAAGGAGAUAGUCCAGAUAUAGAAAUUAUCUCAACAGUUAGUGGCAAAAAUGCACAGAAAGAUGACUUUUUAACACCACACUACUGGGGAACAAACAUUCGGGAUCCAGUACAAUUUGGCAAAGCUGUUGUCAAUGCUGCUAAAGGCGAUAGUUUUAAUAUAUUUGUUGAAAUUGGGCCAAAGUCAGUGUUGGGUUCUGGCAUUAAUGACUUAUUCACCAAGGAUAAUAUUGCUGCUGUUCCUUCAAUGAAACGAAAUUCUGAGCUCAGCUGCUUGUUAGAAUCAGCUGGCAAAAUGUAUGAACAUGGACUGAAUGCUAAUUGGAAUGCCCUGUAUGAAAAACCACAGAAGAAUACAGAAUACCCCAAGUACAGAUUCUGUAAAACUAAAAACCUAUUCAUAUCUGACAAUGUUCGACAAGAGCUGAUGGGUAUCCAGCCAAAGACAAAUUUGCACCCUUUCAUGAAGACAAUUGACCACAGUGGUGAACAUAAAAUUAUCGUGUCACCAAAAUCAAUUGCCAGUGUCUAUGAACACAGAUUUUCUGGAAACAUUAUAAUUCCUGGCGCACUCUAUGCAGAAGUGGGCUUAGCUCUUGCACGCCUCUACUUCAAGGAAAGUGAAAACACAAACUGUAGUAUUUCCUUGAGAUUCAGACAUCCAGUCUUGUUACAAAGACUUAAAAUUGAACAGCUUGAUAUUGAUGUUAAGAAAAUGGAUAUGCCAGAAUCGUUUAACUUUGUUGUACAUAAACAGAACCAUGUGUAUGCUGAAGGAAAGGUUGAGAGGGAACAUUAUUCUGAACAAAUCACAGUCGAUAUUGAAAAUGUGAAAAAGAGAUGUAGGCAGACUGUUACAAAAGAAGAACUGUAUUCAUCUCUUCAAAAUGGAGGAAUGUCUUUUGGAGAAAUGCUCCAACUUGUUGGAAACUCUUUAAAAGGUGAAACAGAGGUCUUGUCACAUUUGUCAUUGAAUCCAACUAUCAAGGAUGAAAUGAAACAUACAUCAAUUCAUCCAGCAAUUGUAGAUGCCAUGCUGCAGACAACAGGUUGCUUCUACCGACAGGCAGCAGACAGACAUAAAGCUCUGCCAAUCCAAAUAGAAGGUCUGAGGAAACGAAGAUCUGUUGAAGAUAGGAUGCUUGUGUAUACAACAAUUGUAAAGCAAACAAAUUCAAUGAACCUAUUUUGCAUAUAUCUGAUUUCACUAGAAGGAAAUGUAAUUGCUGAGAUUGAGAAAUUUGUCACUAAAAAUCUGGGUUCACAAAAAGAAAAUAUGAUGUUUGAAACACAAUGGAAUCCAAUAAAAAACCUACUUAAAUAUGAAAUUCAGAGGGAUCCAUCAGAAGAAUGGCUGAUCAAGUAUGCAGUCACAAAUGACCACAUUAAUUUCGAAUGCCUAGAUUUUGACAUUACAAAAAACAAUGUGAAUUCUAUUCUUCAAGCUAAUUCUGUCAGUUUGGAAAGAUAUUCAGCAAUAGUGUUUUCUUGGCAGCAGCAAACUGAAGAGCAACCAUCAAGUGAAACACUUCUUGAAGAAAUCACCAGGCAGGCGAUGACUCUGAAAACUCUGUUGCUGCACCUCCACACGAAUAACGCAAGUAUCCCAUUGUUCAUUGUAACAGAAAAUGCUGUACACAUUGGAAACAAAGUCUCUUCAGUAGACCUGGUAGGUGGAUCAUGUUGGGGAUUUGUAAGAUCAGUACUAAGAGAACAGGUCUACAUUAUGGCAACCAUUGUUGAUCUUCAUACAGAUGAGAAUAACAAAUUUGAAACCUUAAUGAAUGCCACAGUACAACAGUUGCUCUUAGAAGAUAAUCAAGGACUUAAUGAAUUUGUGGUUGAUGGAAAUUCUAUUUGGUGUCAGAAAGUCUUUCCAAAUGACGAUAUGCCACUAUAUCGAAACAACAAGCUUGAUAUACUCUGCAAAGCAAAUCUUUCUUCCAGGAAUGAAGGAGGUCUUUCCAAACUGUACUUUCAAUAUGACAGAGAAGAGGAACAAUCCAAUCUUCCACAGCCUGUAGAAAUCAUGACAACAAGAGUUGUUAUGCAUGACUCAUGUCUGUCUCCACAGUGUGAUCCAGAUUCAAACAUAAUCACGCUUGAAUCAAUUGGGAAAAUGUCUGCAGAAAAGGAUGCCCAGCAAAAUGUUGUAGUGUUCUUUCCAUGCAAAGUUAGUACAUCCAUGACAAUUCCAAAACAAUGUGUUAUUGAUAUCACCAAAAUACCAUGUUAUGUACCGGGACUUUUAACAAAACUUAUUUUGUUUUGGCAUCAUUGUAUGAUGAUAGACAAUCAAAUGGAAACAGCAAAUACAAUGUAUAGAACGUGUCCGUGGAUACGGAAGGGUAACUCGCAAACGACAAAUAUCAUGCCAAUAUUCAUUCUUUCUUCUAAUGCUACUCAUUUUGUGGCAGAGGCACUUUCAAUUAUGCUUAAAUCGGUGAAACGAAAUACCAACGUACAAAUAGUUGACAUCACUAUUUCUGGUUUAAUACCGAUUCAUUCUGAAGCAAUCAUUGUGUCAACCAUUCAACUAAACAAACAAGAGAUUCAAACAAUUUUCAACCUGUGGCCUAAAGCGAAACGCCUUGUCUGUAUGGAUCAGAUACUACCAAGAAAUGCCAACCUACAACUGUAUCAUCAAAAUCUAAACCUGCAAAUACAAGUUGUCAGGACCAGUGACAUUUUCACACCCAGAUCAGCAAUGGACACCAUGCCCAAUCUAAUAACAUGGAUUCUGGGUCAUAAGAGUGAAGUCAAAACUAUUGCUGAAACACUCCAACAUGUUGCUCCCCAAGAAAAAGAAACAAAUGUUGCAAAAUUGUUACAAAAUUCAACAAUUCAACUUUGUGGUCAUUAUGGACAAAACAUCCCAAAUGUUCUUGCUUCAGAGGAUGCCUUGCUUCGUCUAGAUGGUGUAUAUAUUGUAGUUGGUGGUCUGACAGGGCUUGGUUGGGAAUGUGUCCAAUUCCUGGCAACACGAGGAGCUGGGGCAGUUGUCAUAAUAAAUCGCCGAACAGUACAAGAGGAUAAAUUACAUGAAAUAGGAAACAUUGAACAAGAACAUGGUUGUGAAAUAAAUGUCAUGCAGGCUGAUGUGACUAACAUGCCAUCUCUGAAAAAAGUGUUUAAAACAAUUGAAGACAAAUUUCCAAGAAAACAGUUAAAAGGUGUCUAUUUUGGAGCAGGUGUGCUUGAAGACAAAAUUUUGAUCAAUAUGUCACAAGAUACAUUUAUGAAGGUUGCAGCACCCAAGAUACAAGGGGCUUGGAACAUGCAUGUACUUACAAAAAACAAACCUCUUGAUUUUUUCAUCAUGCAUUCGUCAGUUACAGCAGUGUUUGGUAAUGGUGGUCAGUCCAAUUAUGGAGCAGCCAAUACUUUCCAGGAUUCAUUAGCACAAAAACGCAGACUAGCUGGACUUGUGGGGCAGAGUAUUAACUGGGGACCUCUGCGUCUUGGGAUGCUGCAGGAUAAGCCAGAUGUUGUGAACACAUUAAGAGAACAAGGAUAUAUACCACUUAGCACAGAGGAAAUCCACAAAUGUCUGCUCUCAGUGCUCAUGCUGGACAAGCCUACCAUUAUUGCUGCUAAAUUCAAUACCAUUAAACUGGGCAAUAGUAUUACAAAUGAGAAAAACACAGCUUUGCAGUUCAAGUUAGACUCCAUUCUUGAUGUUCCAAUCCUGGAUAAUUCAUCAACGGUGAACUUCAGCAAGAAGCAUUAUAUCAAUUUAAAGGAAUUACAAAUCGCGGAAAUUGGCAUUAGGUUGGAAACAAUUAGAGAAUACAUCACAGAAUUACUCACAGAUGUGCUUGGCCUUAACGAUGUAAUUCUUGAAUUAGACACAGGUGUAGAGAACUUGGGACUCGAUUCCAUGCAUGCAAUGACCACAAGCAACCAAAUCUAUCAAACCUUUCAAGUGCGGAUUAUUCCAAAUGGGUUGCUCCAGCAAAAUCUUUCAGUUAAUGAAAUUGCAAACCUCAUUAACUCAAAAUUCACGACCUCUGUUGAUAAUAUGGCAAGACAGGAUGUUUCCUCUCUGGUAACUGAACAAACACUUACUUACAUGGAAUACACUUUCUAUAAGAUUUACUGCAAGAAUCCUGCUGAUCUUAGUUUGUAUUACAUCAACGAGAUCUCGAUACCAGUAACAGCAGCUGAACCAGAACUAUGGAAGAAAAUAGCUGAACAACUUAUGUCACGACAUGAAGUUCUGAGGACGACAUUUGAAAAGGUACAUGAGAGCAAGAAUAUCAGAUGGAAUGUGAAAAGAAACAUUAACCCAGUUGGAAUGGCACCUGACUUCAGAAUAGUGACAGCAGAAGAUUUUGAUGAAAUAGAGAAACACACAACAGAAGCCUUCCACUUAGAAACAAAAGGCCCACUCCGCUUUAUUUUCAUUAUUGGUAAAAUAUGUCACUUCAAAACGGUAUACAAUAGCAUUGGAUUUGACAUGCAAAGUAUUGGAGUCAUUUUCAAAGACAUGGUGGAUAUAUUUCGUUCAAUGCAACAAAAUAUAAAACUGCAAGAUAGACAGACAGUAGGAGGAAGUCUGAUAGUAGUGGAAAUGGAAAAGGUUUUGCAGGACAAAGGUCAAGCAUUGAGGGACUUCUGGAAACAUCGAUUUGACAUAGAGAUUCCUGCAAUUACCUUGGGUACCACAGAACAACCAAACACAUUGGAAUCUGGAUCGAUUCAGGAAACACUAAAACCUGCUGUUUUUGAUGCACUAUUUGACUUAUCAAAGUCCCACAGCUUAAGCAUGUAUAAAUUAAUUACCAGUUUGUACCAACUUCUUCUUCAUCUUAUGACCAACGAAAGAUAUGUGACAAUUUCAACAUUAGUUGAUGUCAAACAGUACAUUCCAAAUGCUAGCAGUGCUGUUGGACUUGGGAUAAAUUACAUUCCUUUGCUAGCUGAAUUCCUAUCCGAUGAUGUUAGUGUUGAGGAAUUUCUCCAGAAUAAUAAAACAGCACUUCAAACAGCAUUAGACCACUGUUUGUGUCCAUUGGACAUCAUUAGAGAACUAUUAGGUUCUGAAAAGAUCACAAACAUUUUAAGAAACAAAGUUGUGAUUGUUGAAGAUGAAUUUGUGACACCUUUGUUAAGUCUAGCAAAUGAUGAAGGCUACACAUUCGACGUAACAAAGUCGGAAGACCUGGAAACUGUCACAGACACACAAUUUAGCAUGUGGAUCAGAUUAAAGGAAAAACAAAUGAAGUUUGUCUUGACAUACAAGUCAAACAUUUUAUCUCAGAAUCGUGCUAGAGAUAUCAUGAAGGCCUUUGAAGAAAUUGUUAUUCAAAUAACCAGUAAUAUUUCAAUAACAGUUGCAAGUCUACGGAACAUGUCUACUAUUACAAAGCUGAGAACAGAUCAUAAUGAUUAAAUUUAAACUACAUAGAUGACACAGGUAUGUGAAAUUGACAAGGACUUCGAGACAUACAUCAGACACGUGUAUAUGUGUUGCAAUAUGAGUUGUACAAUGUCACCAAAAAAAAGCGUAGGCUUUAAGAAUCUGACCGUUCAUCAUCAACAGCUGAUGCCAUUUACAGCUUAUUAAAAUCAGAGCAGAUCAUGUUUAAUUUGAACAUGAGACAUUAAAGAUGGAAAGUGCAUGUCCAUCAUUUUGGCCUAACUGGGUCUAUCAAGCUGCUACCCACCUUUGAAAGGAAAUCUGGCUUCAGAAAGAGAAUCAAUUCCAAGAACAUUGUUAUAUCAAUAUCAAUGGUAAGACGUCAUCUUCAUUGAAAAUUAUCUUUAAGCAUGAUAAACGAAGGUAUCGGAAGUGGUACAUAUGGAAGAUUUAAUUUUGGUAUUUUCAUUAUCUCUAAAACUAACAACUUCGAGUUUUAAAAAAUUAUUAUUGAGAUGUCAUCAGUUAUAUCUGGAAUAUUUUUUACUUUAAAUUAUUCCACUUAUUUAUCAGUUAUUUUGUUGUUUUGUAUGAUAGUAUUAUAGAUAACUACAUUCAGAUCGAAAUAUGGUGAAGAACAUAAAAAAGGCAAAACUAACAAUCACUGAAGAAAAUUCAAAUAUUAAAAAAAAAUACGAGAAAGUAAAAGCUAUUCUAUCAAUUAGCAUAUAAUAAAAAUGUCCACUGGUCGAGUGGUCAAGGUCGCGAAAUGACAAUGCAGUAGGUUUGAAUCAUGCCGACUGACACUGUAUUUUUAACAGAUCUCGCCAUGAAAAAAAAUUAGAACGAUUAAUUGCUCCCCUAAAUGUUGAUUGUGGGUAGACAUUUAAGAUAUUAUCGUAAUGGUAUUUAAACAUAUUGUAGUACUAAUUUAUUUUUAUUUUUAAAUGAUCUAAAAUAUGACUCUCCUUGAACUCAUCUCAUGGGCAAGAUGGGGAAGUCGGUUUUUAAUGAUUACAGCCGGCCUCGGUGGCGAAGUGGUUACGCCAUGGGACUACAGACUAGAAGGUACAGGGUUUACAGCCCGGUACCGGCUCCAACCCAGGGCGAGUUCUUACGGGCUCAAUGGGUAGGUGUAAGGCCACAACACCCUCUUCUCUCUCAAUAAACCACUAACCAACUAACAACUAACCCAUUGUCCUGGACAGACAGCCCUGAUAGCUGAUGUGUGUGCCCAGGACAGCGUGCUUGAACCUUAAUUGGAUAUAAGCAGGAAAAUAAGUUGAAAGAAAGAAGUAAUGAUUACAAAUAGAAAUUAUUGGCCAGGAUAAAUAAAACAUUCACAAUAUCCCUUUCAAACAACUGGUGACGUAUAAUUAUAUUCCAUUCCAGUUUAGAAUCAGUUAUUAAAUGCAUUAUACCAAUCUUAAAUGGAUGGAAUUGUGUGGGAAAAAUAAAAGAUACUAUUUCUGAGUUUUUAUGUUAAAUCUGAAAUCCAAUAUUAUUAACGUAUGCUGAUUGUAGAUUACAUAUGUUAUGCAUUCAAGCAGAAUGCACAAUGUGCUUCCUAAUUCCAGAUCAUAUUUAGAACACAAUUUCAUAAACUGAAUUAUAGUCCGUUUAUCUAUAUUCUAAUACCCUGUAAACUACAUUUUCUAUUUUAUAACAAUCUGAUUUAUACAUACAUCGAUAUUUAUUUAUUUAUUUAUUUAUAUAAUGUUAAUUAUUAUAUGUUUUAUUUUAUGACAUAGAAUCUGAUUUGUACAAGGGGCUGGACGUAGCCCAGCGAUAAAGCACUCAUUUGAUGUGUGGCUGGUCUAGAAUCGCCCAAGCCAGUGCACCACGAUUGAUAUAUCAAAUGCCUUGGUAUGUCCUAUCCUGUCUGUGGGAUGGUGCAUAUAAAAAAUGUUUUGCUACUAAUGGAAAGAUGUAGCGGGUUUCCUCUCUAAGACUAUAUGUCAGAAUUACCAAAUGUCUGAUAUCGAAUAGCCGAUUAUUAAUAAAUCAAUGUGAUCUAAUGAUGUCGUUAUACAAAACAAACUUAAAACCGAUUUGUACAACAUAUAUGAACGUAUCUCCUCUUUUAAUUAACAAAAUAUUUCAACACUUAUUUAUUAAUUGUUACUUGUAUAUUGAUAAAUAUUUUGGAACAAUUUUUACUUUACGUUUUACGAUUUCUGCUAAUAUGAGUUAU